AUGGGAAGCUGGUGUGUGCUUGUUUUCUACGUGCAGCUUUGUGCCACUGGACUCUUCAGCAGCUACGCUCAGCCACAAGCAGAGGAGUACAAAACAAAAUAUUUAACCUACUUCAUGACGACCGAGGAUGGCAACGAAAGGCAGCUGAUCAGUGAUUUACACCAGGUUCUGGAAAGACUUCAGAACAGUCAAUUCCCAGCUUUAAGGAAAAAACAUAACUAUCUCCCUGUGUGUGAUCCAGGAGAACAGUGUGCUUUAAGAAAAGGAUCCAGGAUCGGAAAACUAUGCGACUGCUUACUUCCCAGGACAUGCAACUCCUUCCUCCACCGCUGUUUAUGACUCUCAGCCUAUUUAACAGCCUAAUGAUGAAUUUGUAUGCUUUUAAAACAUGUAUAUAACCUGAAUAUAUUUACACGUGUAUUUUAAGUAUCCAUCUUGGCCUCGUUGAUUUCUUUGUACAAAAGCUAAUAAAUGCGCUGCUGCAUCCAUGUUU